ACCCUCGUGGCUCCGACGGGAUCGCGAUCUGUCGUCAAUCGACACAUUUAGCCUUGCAUCACGCAACUGCGUAUCGCAGAGAGACAGGGAAUAGGUGAGCAACGUUAUAGAUUUAUCUUGAUGCGUGUGGCGCUUAAGCCGGCUGUUCGUUCCACGUUAUCUGUGGCCUAUAAACACACCCAUACAUACACACACAUGCAUAGAGACAUAGCGAAACGAUAUAACGAAUAUUAAGACACAGCUGGGAUUGUUGUCAAAAUAUCCUCACGUCGAGAGAGAGAUACGAUGGUGGCAUGGAAAUAGUACAAUACGCUCAUGGUAAUGACUCAGCCAUCACCGCCGAAUAGCUUAGCUUAAAUUAUAUCUAACGCAUGAAGGGAUAAUACAGCCAACAUCUGGCACACAUUAAAUCUCGUCUAUAGUUUACACAGUACUCACAAAUACACAAAUCACUCUUAUCUUGGGCAGGGCCGACGCAAAAUUAGACUGCGUUGAAUUUGAUCAAUUUCACUCGCUUAACACUCUACGAACUUUAUAUAAAUUUAGACAUCGCGUGAUACAUCCGAACCCAGUAAUUCUCCUGCUCCUCCUCGCGUGGAGUGUGACCCUAAAGCCGAUAGACAGCGCGCCUGGCCCGCUGGGGAGUCCACGCGUUGCUCGCCGCAGGUUGGCGGGGCGCCGUGAAUGAAGCAAGAGGCGGCAUUCUCCGUGCACGGCCCGUCGAGGUGCUCCAGCAUGCUCCACCUGCCCACCCUGACGUUCAGCGCGCAGCAGGUGGCCGGGGUUUGCGAGACCCUGGAGGAGAGCGGGGACGUGGAGAGGCUCGCACGCUUCCUAUGGUCACUGCCCGCGGCCGCGCUCUCGGCGGGCCACGCCGGGGACCCGCUGAGCCGCAACGAGGCCGUGCUGCGCGCCCAGGCCGUGGUCGCGUUCCACACGGGCAACUUCGGGGACAUGUACCGCAUCCUGGAGGGCCACCGCUUCGCCAAGGCGUCGCACGCCAAGCUGCAGGCCAUGUGGCUCGAGGCGCGCUACCAGGAGGCCGAGAGGCUCCGGGGCCGCCCGCUGGGGCCCGUGGACAAGUACCGCGUACGCAAGAAGUUCCCGCUGCCCAAGACGAUCUGGGACGGCGAGCAGAAGUCGCACUGCUUCAAGGAGCGGACGCGCAGCCUGCUGCGGGAGUGGUACCUGCAGGACCCGUACCCGAACCCGGCCAAGAAGCGGGAGCUGGCCCAGGCAACGGGACUCACCCCGACGCAGGUGGGGAACUGGUUCAAGAACCGACGGCAGAGAGACCGUGCGGCUGCGGCCAAGAACAGGAUGCUGCUGCUGCUGCAGCCGCCGCUGCUGUCGGAGUCGCCCUCGCCGCCUCUCCUCUCGUUCGCGGCGCGCGACAGCCCCGCGGGCUCCCCGGGACUCGCUCUCUCCUGCAGCCCCGCGGGCAGCUCCAGCUCCAGCUGCCGCGCCCAGAGAUCGCUCACGGCGCCCGCCACCUCCGCCUCGGUCACGGACAGCGACUCCGAGUGCGACGUGGGCAUCGGCGACUAUUGAGACGACUCGUUUCCCCCACAGCCACCCAGCCACCAGCAUCAGCAGGCAGUCGGAUUUGGUGUGGGCUCACGAAUGAAUUGUGGAUGAAGGACUAAUUGUGGUCGACGUUUUAGGGGACUGAGGAUGGCACACGAGGGCCGAAGACUUAUGCCACCACGUUUGUUUAUGCGGGUGGUGGUGGUGUUUUAAAAAAAAAAAAUCGUAACUCGAGUGCUAGCGAUCGCUCAAGUACGCCGACUUCUGUUUGUGAAUUGGAACUUCGGAGUGUGAAUAGCGACUCGGAGGCCGAAUAACGUCUCACCUUUGCGUGACGUCGCAAGCAAGAAUUGUGUGAUCCGUGUGCGAAUUAAGUACGACACGUGGGGCUCUGUUGGAUAUAGCCUAUAGGCCCUCGUUUUAAUUUUGUCAAUGAAUCUUAGACCGUGCACGAACACCUAUAAGGUAUAGCGCGUCAUGAUAUAGCCGAGGUGUGGCGCUGGUAGCUGUAAAAUGCCUAUGCGAACACUCCUCGGUACAAUUUCCUAUAGGAUAUAGCCAAUGCGUGAAUCCCAGUUUGGAUGUGGUCUGUGUAUGAAGCCCUAUAGGACAUAGCCCAUGUACCAUACCUCCCAUUGAUGAUAAAAUACCUACAGGAACAAGCCUAUGCACAAAGCCCUAUAGCAUGUAGUCUAUGUAAAGAGCACUAGAGAAUAUAGCCCAUAUACUAGACUAUAGGACUUCAUGCAUGCUGUGCAUUCUACAGGGAUUCAUACAUAAUCAUGUAGUGCUUAAUUAAAUUCAUAUGUAUUGCAUAUAGUGCUUAUAUAAUUAUCAUCAUGCAUUAUACAGAACCCGAUAAUUUUUUUUAUAUAUAUUUUAUUUUAUUGCAUGAAGUUAUAUAUGGUGUAUGAAGCCCUGUAGGAUACAGAUUAUAUGUGAAAUCGUAUAGAACACAUCCCAUGUAUGAAUCCCUUGUGGUUUAUAUGGUGGGAUGUUGUAUGGUCAAAUCUUGGAGGUCGUGUGUCUUACUGUGCAGCGAAUUAUUUUGGUGUUUACUGCGUUGGCAGUGGUGCAUAAGCAUUCAUAGCAAAACAGCUCAACACUCACACUGUGGCCCUAACAGGGAGAAGUAGAUAACGGGCGACGUUUCGGGCGCUGGACCCCCUACAUAGCACAUGAAGAAGUGCCAUUGCCAGAAACCUCCCCUUUUAUAGGGUGGCCCCAAAAGUCAGGACACAAGGUUAUUGUGCUUAUUUUACCAAAUCGCAGAGGGUUCUUUAAUUUAUUUGAACACAUUUAAUAAAACUGACUUAUGGUAACAUAAAUGCAUGAUGCAUUACUUAUCUUUCGGAAUGAAUGUAAGACUUAAAAGAUUACAGCUACCUUCUUUAGCAUAUGUAAAACAACUAAUUAAUUAACUAAUUAACCGUGUUAGUCUUCAGUCAAUUUUAUCUCAAUAUUUAAACAUCAUCUGAAAGGGAAUAAAAUUGAUAUUAAGAAUGAUAGUUAAAUACAAUAUUAACUUAAUUUACAUUUUACUACCAGUGUUAAAAUAAAUUAAAUAACCCUAUGUAUACUCUUUGGUUCUAUUGGGUAAAGUCACGUAGGUG